UCUAUGGGGAAUUUCAGCUUUUUCGGUCGAUAUGCUCGGCUAUAACGCGACAUUUUUUUUUCCAGAAUUGGACCUGGAUUUUUUGGAAAAGAGGCAUCAUGCAGGACCUAACAGCGACGUCGGCAGUCCCAGAAGUCCCAUCGAGAUCAGUCCAGAGUCCAUUGAUAGGAUUAAGGUCGUUCUACUUGGGGCAUCAGCUGUUGGCAAGACCAGCAUAAUUCAGCAAUUCGUUUGGAAUGAUUUCUACGAAGAAUACGUUCCGACUGAUAAAAAACACACGUACUAUCCAUCAGUGAUAACGAACGACAGACUGUAUGAGAUCAAGAUAUCGGACAUACCAGUCAUUCCAUAUUUCCCAGUGAAUUCCUAUUAUGAAUGGACGAAUUACAGAUACUACGGCCUCAGAAGUUCCUCAGCGUACAUCCUAGUCUUCGAUCUGUCCAAUAUCGAAACCUUCCAAUACAUAAAGACCAUCAGAGAGCAGAUCUGCGAGUCGAGAAACAUGAACAACGUUCCCAUCCUCGUCGUGGGCAACAAGCAGGAUCUGGUCACGGCGGAGGAGGGCCACAGCGGCGGCGGUAAACUGGCGAUAAACAGUGGCGUAGAGGAGAAACGCAGGGACAUCAUCAAUCUGGUCAAGAAACACUGGAAAUCAGGCUACAUCGAGUGUAGCGCGAAGUACAACUGGAAAGUGAUAGCGGUCUUCAAGGAGUUGAUCAACAUGAUCGAUCACAUUGAUUCCAGGGAUCAGAGUCCUAUGUUGGACAACAUACAGGACGCUUUGGAUAGGAAUAAGUGUGUCAUUUUGUAGAGAUUCGACAGGGGGACAUCCUGUGUAUAAAUUGUUUCGCUUGGAUGUUUUCUUGUUCUGCUAGUUUCGCCUCAAUUAGUAACGAUUGAUUUUUUUGCCAUAUUUUAAUGAAACCACGAGUCAACCCUUCAAAAACGAGCUAUCGAUAUUUUUAAUAAACUACUUUAUAUAUCGUUUUAGUUACCGAGUUUCAACAUAGAGUAAAACAAUUUUUUAUAACGUGGUAUAGGACCUCUCGCUCAAAACUGUUAGAUAAUACAAAUAAGUUGAAGACAAUCGUAGCGAAUAUUUUUUCGUUAACGUGUUCUGUUAUUUUGUUCUCGAGUUUCAGUUAGACGUUUAAUUAUAGAUUAUGUGCUCAAUUCCAAACUAUACUGAUAUACAAUAAAUUUGUUACCUAAUCAAUAAAUUGCUACAUAAACGUAAAAAUGGUUGUGAAAAAUCGUUGUUAUGUAUUUUAAACUGUAGAUGAUAAGGGUUACAUAAAGACUUUAUAUAA